AUGCGCCUCUCCGCCGGGCUGCUCUGCAUCGUCACACAGGCCUGGACGGUGAAUGCCAACGUCGAGAAGACGAUAUUCCUUGGUCCCAGCCCUGUGACUCUCUCCAAUGUCCGCCCCGGGCUAGAUGACCUCGGCCUGCACUACCUGUCGCCCUCGUCCACCAUCCUCCCGAUCCGAGUCCCUGUCCAGUUUCCCACCGAGUCGCUGCCCCGCGGUCUCGAGUCCUGGUACCUGCUUCGCGGCCUGCAAGACGGCAGGAGGUACGAGGUGCGCAUCUGCUGGCCGGCCACCCAACCCACCGACUUCUGGCUUGACACCUACUCAGUCACCCACGUAUUUGAUACUCCCGACUUGAUACCCUCGUUAUCAGAGUAUAGCUCAGUCAUUCGACGCGACCCAGUGGACGACGACGGAAACACCAAGGAAGCGCCGCCUGCAGCUCCAGAGUCGGUACUGUUCUUGCGCCUCCAGGCUGCAGCGUCCUACUAUUCGACCAAUCGCACAUUGAUGGACUACCCGCCUCCAGUUGAUGUCGACAUCAUACUCGAUCCCUUCAUACUGAACGUCUUCCCGCAAUCACUUGGCCCAAUCGCGAUAUACAUCACCGCAGUCGGUGUAGGAGCCUGGUUUCUCUCCGGCUACAUCUACCGCUGGCUACUGUCUGUCGCUGCAGACUCACCCAACAAACCGCAUACCGAUUGA